CGUCCAUAGAUUUUUGUCCAACCUACUUCUUCUAUUUAUACACGCACAUUAUCCCAACAAAAUAUGCAACUCGAGUACUCCACACAUUCUCCACUACCAAAUCUUUUCUUCUUCUCUUAUUCUUCCAAGUCAUUUUUCGAAACACCGUCCUCUUUCUGAUUAAAGUGAUACUACUUAAGUUACAUUUUAACACAUGGCCAUUCGAUUACCACAAAUACUACGACAAUCGAGUUUAUUGUUUGCAAACAAAGCAGCUUCAUCGUCGCCGUCUUCUGUUGGUGUUCCAAAAGGCUACAUGGUAGUGUAUGUCGGAGAGAAUGGAAAGAAGCGGUUUGUAAUUCCAAUAUCAUUCUUGAAUCACCCUUCGUUUCAAGAAUUGCUAAACAAGGCGGUGGAGGAAUUUGGGUACAAUUAUCCGAUGGGUGGACUCACAAUUCCUUGUACAGAAGACAUCUUCAUUGACCUCACUUCUCGCUUGAACGGAUUGUGAACUGCAGCAUGCAUGCGUACACUAAUUGUUGUGAACUAGGACACAAAAUUUUGUGAAUUCUUUUACAUUCUGUUUCUUGUCUAGACCUUCCACUAAGGGAAAUUGUCUGACCACCAAAGAGUUGAUGAAUUUCUCACACAUUUAUGUUUUUUUCAUCAACAUGUUUCAAAUCAAUGACAUUAUUAAAUCGAAACUGAUCUUGAGAUAUUUCAGACUGCAAAUCUUUAUUUUUUUCAAGUUAUAUAUGGGUCUUCAUCGAUAUUUUGUCGAAUA